GACAGCUCUGCGUGAAUUUAACUAACGUUUUAACCCAAUAAAAGCCAACACGGCAAAUGAAGUUAUGUCGGGGAAAUCGCAGCUGAAGAUCAACUCCAAGUUUGCGGAGAGAUAUGGCAAAUACAGACAAAAAGAAGAGUUACAAAGGCUAAAGGAUCGUUACGGAGACCGAGCCGAUGACGACGAGUCUGAGUCGUCUGAGUCGAGCUCUGACGAAGCUGAAGUGGAACUUGACCCCAAAAUUGAAAGGGACUUCUACAGAACGCUGUCGCUGCUUAAAAGGAAAGAUCCUAAAAUUUACCAGAAGGAUGCCAAGUUCUACUCUGACGAAGAUGAGUCCUCCAGCGAUGCCCAACCUUCUACCUCCAAGCAAGCAAUUAAGCCCAUGUAUCUUAAGGACUAUGAACGUAAAGUCAUCUUGGAGAAGGGAGGUAAUUACGAAGAUGAUGACGACGAGAGUAAUGACGAGGAGGCCAUCAAGAGGAGAGAGAGAGCUGCAUCUCCUACUUACAUUCAAGAGCAGAGGGAACUGAAAGAAAGCUUCCGUAAAUUUGUCCAGGACAGUGAUGAAGAGGGCAGUGACGGAAAGGGGAAGUCACAACUGCUGACUAGGAGGACCAAAACACAGGAAGAGAAGAAUAAAGAGGAGGCGGAUUAUGUGGAGUGGCUGAAAGGCCAGACUGAGCUAGAGGGUUCUGAGGAAGUGCAGGACAUGACGUACCUGAGAGACUACUGGAAUGACCCCAAGUUAGAUGAGAAGGAGUGCUUCCUGAGGGACUUUGUCCUCAACAAAGGCUACGUGGACAGUGAUGAUGAUGAUGACAGGAUCCCUACUUAUGAUGAGGUGGUCAAGGAUGUGGAAGAUUCUGAAGAGGAGGGAGAGUCUUUCCUGGAGCGCCAAGAGAACUUUGAGAGAAGCUACAACUUCCGUUUUGAGGAGCCUGAUGCUCAGCAGGUCAAGACCUAUCCCCGCAACAUCGCCACCUCUGUCCGCUCAAAAGAUGAGCGUAGAAAAAGAAAAAGGGAUGAGGUGAAAGAGAGAAAGAGAAAGGAAAAAGAGCAGAAGCAUGAGCAGCUGAAGCAGCUGAAGAAUCUGAAGCGGAAUGAGAUCAUGGAGAAGCUGAAGACACUUCAGGAGCUGACUGGAAAUGAGCAGCUUGCCUUCAGUCAGGCUGACCUGGAAGGAGAGUUCGAUCCGCAGCAGCAUGACCAUCUCAUGCAGAAAUUCUUUGGUGAUGAAUACUAUGGCGUGGAAGAGGGAGAUAAGCCCCAGUUUGAUGAUGAUGAACUUGAGGAACCCUGGAACUGGGACACAUGGACGGGAGAAGCAGACCACGGUGGUAAGGGAGAAGAAUAUUAUGGAGAGGAAUAUGAUGAGACCCAAGAGCCCCACUGUGACGACCAAGACUUCAUUAUGGAUGCAGACUAUGACCCUAGCCAGCAGACCACCUCCAAGAAGAAGAAAAAGAAAGAGAAGAUAAAGAUGAAGAAGGAGAAUGUCCCACAGAUGGGAAAGAAGAGAAAAAAGUCUCCCUUUUCAGAGGUCAUCACAAAAAACAAGCCAGUGUUUAACCCACAGGAAAAAAGCUUUGAGCAGUACCUGGAUGAGUAUUAUAAACUGGACUACGAGGACAUCAUUGACGACCUCCCGUGCAGGUUCCGCUAUCGGCAGGUUCUGCCCAAUGACUUCGGCCUUACCGCUGAGGAGAUCCUAAAAGCUGAUGAGAGAGAACUGAACCGGUGGUGCCCUCUGAAGAAGACCUGCAUGUUCAGGUCUGACCUGGAAGAGAGGAACGAUGUCAAAAACUAUAAUAUCAAGGCACAGAAUCAAAAGAGAAAGAAAGAGAUUCUUUGCUCUGUAUAUUCCGAGGAGGAUAAAGAGGUGAUUGAUGCCAAAACCAAGAUGGGGAAGAAGAGAAGAGAUCAUCUGAAGAACAUCGAGAUGCAAGAUGGCAUAGGAGAGGAUGGCGAGACGGGAUCCAGUCAAGUCAUCUCCACCGUUGACUCAACAGAAAUGACACCAACUCAGGGUCUUAGAGAAGCGGGAGAUGAUGUAGAAGAGGAGGAAGAAGAGAUCCUGAUUCCUAAGAAAAAGAGGAAACUUGAAAAGGAGGCGCAUACAGCUGCUGCUGAGGAGAAAAUGGGUGGACCAGAAGUAGCCAAGAACAGGACUGAAAAGCCAAAGUGGCCCAACAAGAAACCCAGACGUCCAGGUGGACGCUUCAGUUCAGCACAAUUUAAGGUUAAAUUGGGCAGCCAAGAGUUCAGCAGACAUAGACUUAAGGCCUACGGACUGAACCCCAAAAGACUGUACUUCAGACAGCUUGGCAGACAAAGACGAAAAGCCCAGGAGAAAAAGGAGAAGCAGAAAAACAAGAAUUGACAGACUGGCUACUGGGCUGCUCAUUUUCCUUUUGUUAGCAUACAGAGUUGGCGGUAUCCAGGUCUGAACCGAAUAGGGUUUACAGUUGGAAGUCAGUUUUUUUUCUGUUGGGAAAAGGCUGCGGAAAAUUGCACCGAGUCGGUUAUAGUGCUCAGUUUCCACACAUGUUGUCUUUUUAAAGUUGCCGUAUGUAGUGGCAAACCUAUUCUUUCAAUCAAGGGUCUCAGCCGGACAUGUAUAAACUUUACAUGGUUGCCCACAGUUGAAUGGUUCGAUGAUAACAUUUUAAAAUAAACCCAUAAGGAAUCUCUGGCACUGUCAUAGGGUCCUUAGCUUGCUAUGGGAAACAUGAAGGAGUUUGGUUUAAACACCCGAAAAAGGUCUAUGGUCAUUAGUAACUAAAGAAAACGGGACAUUUUGUCAUCCAAAAAUUAACACUGUUGAUAAGCUGUUCAGCAAAAAAAAAAAAAGUGCAUAAAAUGUGGUUUGGGGUGAUAUAUCUGUGGACAACAGUGCUUCAGAAUCAGGUUUAUUUGCCAUUUAGGUUUGCACACAUGGAAUUUGACUCCAAUUUCGUGGCUGUCUCGGUGUACUUAACAUAGAAUAACAGUACGACAACACAACGAUCUUCAGAUGUAUACACAAGGAUGACUUAUAGAGGCGAAAUAAGAGGUGAUAAAGUGCAAUGGUGUAGAGAAUAUAUCAGAGAUGCUGAAAUAGAUGUUAGCAGGUUUUAUAUAUAUAUAUAUAUAUAUAUAUAUAUAUAUACAUACACACACAUACCUAAGGUAGACAGACAUGGCAGUGUACCAGUAUACGUACAAUGUACAGUACAGUAUAUACAAAAUGGUUGGAUCUAUUUGACAAUGUUAAGCGUUCAUUUGAAUGACAGCCCGCGGAAAGAAACUUUAUAUCUGGUUGUUUUGGGGUGCAGUGCUCUGUAGCGCCUACCAGAGGGGAUGAGUUGGAACAGGUGACCAGGGUGUGAUGGGUCUGCAGUGAUGUUGUCUGCACGUUUCCUGAGUCUGGAGGUGUGUAAGUCCUGAAUGGAGGGCAGGUUGGCACCACUUAUUUUCUCUGCAGACCUAACUGUCCAUUGUAGUCUGUCCCUGUCCUGUUCGGUGGCCGAUCCAAACCAGACUGAUGGAUGUGCAGAGGACAGGCGGGGUUAUUGCAGUGUAGAACUGAAUCCGCAGUUCCUGGGGCAGAUUGAAUUUCUUGAGCUGGCGGAGAAAGUACAUCCUCUGCUGGGCCUUUUUGAUGACUGUGUCUUUAAAAAAAAAGGCCUGAAAAAUGUGCUUAGACACAUAAGCAUUUGUAACUGAACACCUAUGGCAGAAUUUGACCAACAUCUCAGAUAUUAUCAUAGUUGCACAGAAAUGUUGCGAUUUCAUCCAGGACAACAAAGGAAAACAACUAGAGGCUUUAUGGUAGAAGAAUAUGGAUGAAUUUUUGGGUUUUUGUUUUUUUGUGCAGCAGACACCUUUGUGGAUCUGCUUCUAAGAAAGUUUGCCAUUCAUCAGGAACUUGUACUUUUAUACACCGAUCAGCGGAAACAUUAAAACCAGCUGGCUGAUAUUGUGUAGGUCCUUCUCGUGCCACUGAAACUGUUCUGACCCACUGAGGCAUGAACUCCACAAGGCCUCUGAAGGUGUCCUCUGGUAUCUGGCACCAAGACGUUAGCAGCAGAUCCUUUAAGUCCUGUAAGAUGCGAGGUGGGGCCUCCAUGGAUCGGACUGAAACAGUCACCAGUGCUGUAGUCUGCACUUUUCUUACCGCCAAACAGAAAAACAUGAUUAAACUGUAGUUUUGGCUGUAGUUUUCUGGGAAAGUCCGAUCUGACAGCCUUCAAAAUGAGCAUGCACAAAGGCACUCUUGGUUUCAUUAUUUGUAGAAUUUCCUUAUAUAUUUCAGUUUUAUCUUCAUAUUUUUUAAGUGACAUUUACACAAAUGAAUAUAUGAAAGUGAGGGAUGUUGGCAAAUUUGACAAACAGGUCCUUUUAAUGAAUGUGACUGGCAGUUGUUGGCUUUGAACAGCAGGCUGGAGAAAAGAGGUUCUUUCAAGAUGGCUCUUCAUCAGCUGCAAAACAGCAGCAAAGAGCCUUAAAAAUCCUCCGAAAGAAACAACCUGAUGCUGCCCUUUGUGGAGUUAGUAACUUCUGAAAAAUCAAAAAAUGUGCAUUGGUUGGUGCCAUGCUUCAGCCAAACACAAGGAGACUUUCCCUUUAGACAUCUUACCGAGCCGGCUGGAUGUCUUGUCUCUUUUAGGGCCUCGUCUUGCUGGCUGGAGGACAGGACGUGUUAGUAACAGCCUUUCCCUCAGAGGUUUUAGAUGCAACACUGCAAAGUCCAAGUCCAAAACACUUGUCAAUACAGUCCAAUACAUCCGACUGUCAGUACACAAUUAUUCAGACAUUAAUACAAACGUCUCUAAUCCAUUUUGCUGAUGCAUUUAUCUAUGGUGUGCAUUGUUUUGUCCACCUGCCACCAGAUGGAUACGCAGUAAGAUGGGUGUCUGGAUCAUGUUUCGGUGUUUCUCUGAGAGCACCGUCGUAGCAAGCACAGGGAACUUGUGAGAAAACCACCACAAAACCAUCAAAUUGCUCAGAUUCUACAAAAUCUGAACAAAGUGGUGUGAAGGUGUACACCACAGAACACGAACUUAUUCUGUAUAAAUGUUUUUGCAGUGUAUGUAUGUUGAGUUAUCACAUUACUCUUUAUUUUGUGCGUGUUUAUGAAACUCUUCCUGAUGAACACACAACAUUCAAAAUGUGAAGUGAAAAAGCAGCUUUCGCAAUUGAACCAUCAUUUCCUUUAACCCGCUUUUGAGGGAAGUAUGCUAGAUGGAUAGAAAUUGUGGCUAUUUAAGUAGUUUUUGAAUAGUGGAUAUUGAAUUGAAAAAUAAUUGAACCCAUUGAUAGUAGAUGUUGACAGUGCUCAUACCUGUCUCUGUUGUCAUAACAUCCAGCUGUGCAGCUUUUUUUUCUUUUUUUCUUUUACAAUCUGGUGUCUCUGAAAUGCUGCUGAAAUCAACUGAAAAGUCAUUUAAGGAAUGUGACAAAAUAACACCCAGGUGUUGCUAUUGUCUCUUGUCUUAACAUAAGGCCUCAUACACACACACACACACACACAACUUUCACCAAAAGAAAAGGAGGACGUCAUCACCCUGACCUCUAAAACACACGUUUGUUUGUAUAGAAAUCUAAAGUUGUGUUGACCACAAACUAUUUCAUUCAUAGAUAUUCCAUCUUCUGUGUUUUAGGACUCAAAACUGGACCCCUUCCGUUCAAAUCCUUACAUUUAUUGACCCUCACAUUUAUUUUAUUGAUAAUGUUAACUGAACAUCAAUAUCCUAAUAAAUA